AUGGUAUAUGACAUUUCAGACAGCCUUCAGUUGGAUAGCAAAACAGGACAAGACCUCAACCCUGAGAGAGAUUGGUACUUCAGGCUGAAAAACAAUGUGGAUCCAUUGGGCAGUGGGCAGCUAAUUGGUUGGGUCAUGAUUGGAAAAGUUUCUCCACAAACAACAGACAAUGACCUUGAAAAUCUCUUCAGCGGUAUUGCUCUGCCGGAUAAGGAAUCAGGAGAAAGGUGUCACCAUUGGGUUUGGAGAGCUGUAUCGGCUCUGCAAAAUGAGUCCGUGAUACCAAAAUUUGAUAUCAAAAAGUUCAAAGAUUGGCUAUUGGAUUAUGCCAAUCAGUGGCUGGCCAAGCCUGAUCCACGCACUGUUCAUGAUUAUAGAUAA